UUCCGGUGACUGGCAGAAAGAAGCGGAAAUGCAAAGCUGCUGUGUAAUUGUACAGCGGAGCCGCUGAAAGAUAUCUUUCGUGCGAUAGAAACUAGUUAACCGUUGUAAAAAUGCCGGAUUAUUUAGGAGAUGACCAGAGGAAGAUUAAAGAGGAAGAAAAGGACGACGGUCCCAUUAGAGCUCUGGAUGAAGGAGACAUCGCACUGUUAAAGACAUAUGGUCAGAGCACCUACUCCAGACAGAUCAAACAAGUAGAGGAUGACAUCCAACAGCUGCUCAAAAAGAUCAAUGAGCUCACAGGAAUCAAGGAGUCAGACACUGGUUUGGCCCCACCAGCUCUCUGGGACCUGGCUGCUGAUAAACAGACUCUGCAGAGUGAACAACCACUACAGGUGGCAAGAUGCACAAAGAUCAUCAACGCAGACUCAGAGGACCCCAAAUACAUCAUCAAUGUGAAGCAGUUUGCCAAGUUUGUGGUGGACCUGAGUGACCAGGUGGCUCCUACGGACAUUGAGGAAGGCAUGAGGGUCGGGUGAGUCA